AAUAGAGAGUGAAAUAAAGAGAAAAAAGAAUGGAGGAGGGUGAAGUGAAGCACAUAGUGCUUGCAAAGUUCAAGGAAAGUGUGUCUGAAGAAGAAAUACAAGAAUCAAUCAAACAAUAUGCCAACCUUGUCAAUCUUGUUCCUUCUAUGAAGGCCUUCUCAUGGGGUAAAGAUCUGAGCAAGGAAAACAUGCAACAAGGAUUCACUCAUGUGUUUGAAUCUACAUUUGAAAGCACGCAAGGUGUUGCUGAAUAUGUUUCUCAUCCAUCUCACGUUGAAUACGCAACCUUAUUACUCUCUCAACUCGACAACGUCAUUGUAGUUGAUUACAAGCCAACACCUGUCCGUCUCUGAGUUACAAACACCAUACCCUCCUCCUCAAUCAAGAUUCAAGAUUCAAGAUUGAAGAUUGUUUUUUCUUUCCUUUAGAGUUUAUUAUUAAUAAUAAGUGAAGUUGUUGUUUGAAACAGAGUGUCCUGCUGUAUUUGGUGUCUGUCAAACUCAACUGUGUUAUGUGUAAUGAAUAAUUAGAGACUUUACAGAUUCCAAAUACAGAUUAUUGCAUGAUCAAAA